UUGGCACAGUCAGUCAGUCCCGGACGCAACGCUGCACGGUACGGUUGAGAUUUUCCACAGUUGCGCGUUUUCCCUUGUGCUGAGGCACUUUGCGUGAGGAGGAAAAUCCAGACCAGUGAGGAAAAGUCUUGGUUUUUUUUGGUUGCAAGAGAGAGUGAGGAAGGAAAAAGGGAACCAGUCGAGGAAAACCGGAGUUGGUUUGUUUCAGUGUGCACUGGAAAAUAGGAAAAUAAAACCGAUUUUGUUUUUCGCGUCGCGUUUUCGAGUUUUUCCCCGAAUUUUCCACGUGUUUGUUUGGAAAGAAAGCAAAACGCGUUCGUCUGCGACCAAGUGAGCGGAGUUUGUAUUUUGUCGUGCAAAGGGGUCGUGAUUUUGUGUGAGGAUAAAAAAGCGAAAUAAAAGUGAGCUGCGUUAUUUUUCACGCUGCUUGACGCGGUAUUUUGUGUGUUAUUGGUCGCGCACUCUGUGUGAUUAGUUUAAAAAUACUGCGGAUCAAAAGUGAACGUGAAGGAAAGAUCAAGGGAAACAUCUGCGAUAAAGAGAUUCGGCUACAGGAUAGCAGCCAGCACCGGGAGUGAAAAAUCAACACAAACGCAAGAAAACGGAUUAUAACAAGCUAAGAGGAAAAACAUUUUCAUCAAACAAAAGAAAAAGAAAACGUUCGCCAGGCUUGCAGCAGUCCAGCGAGAAUCCAAUUAUCAACCGGAGGAAAAACAUCCCGGAAAAAGGUCGAACACUCCGCUAAAUUAGAGCUAGAACCCGCGCGCGCUCCAGCACGUGUGCCCCAACAACAACCUCAACAACAACAAGCCUCAGCUGUCGAAGAAAGCAAACCGGUUCGACUUCACCUGAGGAACUGCAGUUUUCAGUGUUGUUGCUGUUGUUGUCGUGAGUCACGCCAAGUCACGACAACAUAACAGACUCGGAGAGUCCGCGCGCGAGAGAGUACUCGGGAGAGCGAGCUCGCGCAAGAAUCAACACUCAACAAAGGAAACCUCAGCGAACGGGUUCGAAGAAAUCGUUGACGGUUCUUAGUCGACUCCUAGCAGCCACCACGCGCAGUUGGAGGAGUUCGUUCGGUUCGAGAGUUUCGAGUGUUCGGUUGACCGGAAAUGUGACAAGAAGUUCGACAGUUUUGUGCAGCAGUUUGCGUUUCGUUCUGAGUUCCAAGUAACCUCAAGCGUAGCGGGAAUCUUCCUGAAGAGUUCAACGCGUUAGAUUUGGGAAGCUAUCCAGGUUGGGAAGCAGAACGCAAGAUGUAAGAAGCUGGUGCCGUAGCUGAAACAGAACAAGUUCAUCCGGUAAAACCAAUUGAUCCAGAUAAAGCGGAGAAGAUUCACACAGGUUCACACGCGGAGUGUGUGUGCAAAGAGGUGAUUUCUUGUGAGCAAUAUCUACCAUACAGAGUUCAUAAAGCAUAGAAGCACCGUUGUUUGCUGAAGAAAGAAGACUGAGCAAUUGUUGUGAGCGCAGUAAUUGCAAUUGAAAGUAAUUCCUUUCGUGUACAUGUGCAAUCGAGGUGUUUGAUAAGUGUGUGCAUUGUGUUCAUUUGGUGAGCAAACCCGUACUACUCAGCACGAAGCAGCUGAAGAAGUGCACGUGGGUUACACAAGUGGAAGCUUCGUCACCCCAAACGCAAAGAAGAAUUAAAUGUGCUUAAUCUGUUGCGUGUAACCACCUCCAGAGAAAAAAAAAACCUUCUAGCAAAACCCCAGCCAAGAAUCGAGGUCACCAGCGAAACCGCUGGCAGCAUCUUUGAAAGGCAGCAGCACACCUUGAGCAGCAAUCAUGUUGGAUCGUGGACCAGUCCAGUUAGACAACGACAAGUGUCGUCGCGGUGAGCGGGAACCACACCUGUCCGGAUCGCGGCUCGAUCUGUCCGGCCUAUGUGGCGGUGGCGCUGUUCGAAACAACACAUCACGCUCCAGCCGAAGCAACAACAACAACAACAACACGAUGGUGGACUCACACGGGAACGCGCUGCCUCCGCUCAGCCCGUCCAGCAAUAACAACUCGUCCUCGGGCAGCGAAAUUGAGCAGAAGCCGGUUCCGCUGUCGCCCAGUGAGGCCCUCAAAUACCACGGCACCGGCCUGACCGACUACGAAAAGCAGGAAAUCGAAAAAUACCCCGAGGUGUACUACCUCGGGCUGGACGCGUGCAAAAUCAACGCCAAACCGGGCAGCGCCCUCAACUCGGGCUACGACGACGACAACGGCAGCUACAACAAGGUGAUCCACGACCACGUCUGCUACCGGUACGAAAUCCUCGAGGUCAUCGGCAAGGGCAGCUUCGGCCAGGUCAUCCGGGCGCUGGACCACAAAACCAACCAGCACGUGGCAAUCAAAAUCAUCCGCAACAAGAAGCGCUUCCACCAUCAGGCCCUCGUCGAGGUGCGGAUACUGGACGAGCUGCGGAAAAAGGACGCCGACGGGUCGUACAACGUGAUACACAUGCUCGACUACUUUUACUUCCGGAACCAUCUGUGCAUCAGUUUCGAGUUAAUGAGCCUCAACCUGUACGAGCUCAUCAAGAAGAACAACUACCAGGGAUUCAGCCUGAGCCUGAUCCGGCGGUUCUGCAACUCGAUAGUCAAGUGUCUCCGGCUACUGUACGCGGAGAACAUCAUCCACUGUGAUCUUAAACCUGAAAAUGUCCUGCUCAAGCAGCGAGGCAGCAGCCUGAUCAAGGUCAUCGAUUUUGGCAGCUCGUGCUACUCGCACCGCAAGGUCUACACCUACAUCCAGUCCCGUUUCUACCGGUCGCCGGAAGUUAUACUGGGACUGUCGUAUGGGACGCCCAUCGACAUGUGGAGCUUGGGAUGCAUACUAGCCGAACUGUACACCGGAUAUCCGUUGUUCCCCGGGGAGAACGAAGUGGAGCAAUUAGCGUGUAUCAUGGAAGUUUUGGGCAUUCCACCGGAUGAUCUCAUCAAUACUGCCACCAGGAGGAGGUUGUUUUUCGAUUCCAGAGGCACUCCACGGUGCAUCACCAAUUCCAAGGGCCGCAAGCGGAAACCAGCCUCGAAAACGCUGUCCCAGGCGCUCCGGUGCAACGACACCGUGUUUAUCGACUUUGUCACCAGGUGUCUCGAGUGGGACCCCAAGAAGCGCAUGACCCCGGAGGAGGCCGCCCGCCACGAGUGGCUCCAGCCGAGCGCCACGUCCACGUACGUCUCGUCCAAGUCGAAGGAAAACGCCUCCGCCACCAACGGCGACGGCCAGCAGCUUGGCUUCAUGCAGAAGCUGCAGCGAUCUCAGCCGAUGACGCCGAACACGAUCCUACCGGAGAUUAAAACGCCCUCCCAGCGGCAGCGCUACGUCAAGGACCGCGUCAAAGAUCUCGAAACGGCCCAGCAGCAGUACUCGCUGCACCGGUUGUACCACGCCCGCAAGACGACGCUGAACUCGUCCAGCAACAUCAUCAACAACAAUGGCGGCGGCGGCGGCAGCAGCACCAGCGGAAGCAGCAGCAACAUUAGCGGCGGCAGUAGCAACGGCAACCAGACAAUAACUUCGAGCUCCAAGUACGGGUCGAGCCAUCACGUGGGCGGCCACCACCACCACCAUCACCGUCACGGCAGUGGCAGCAGCGGCGUCGGAAUGCCCCACUCGCAGAGCACUGGGGACGUGUCGGCCAUCUUUGGCCGGGCAUGACAUGGAACGCUCAGCAAGGUCAAGGACACCGCCAAGAUUAUUAGUUUGAUCUAGGCGGGCGAUUGGACUCAGUUUAGUUAUUUGAACUUUAAGGAUAACACACACACACACAGUCACACGCUGAUAAAAUAGUUAAAGGACUCACACACGAAUAAGUAGACACAGACACUUAGACAUAGCAUAACUGUGAAUAGUUUGUAGCAUGACCGAUUGCGUUGUUGAGUUGAGAAUUGAGAGUAGGGAUGGAGUGAGCGCGCGUUGAACGAAUAAAACCCAGGCUAAGAGUUGCUAGUGAUGUAGACGUACUCUAGAAUUACUAAAUCAGUAUCCGUGAUCCUCAGCGAGAGUAAUCUUCCUCCCACUGCCUUCCUCCCAAAGUAGACAGAGAACUAUAUCGUAGGUAUUAUGUACAGUAGACAACUUGAAAUAAUAACCCCCCGAGACGUUAGACCGAUUGACAGAAAUCGCAAACCUUCUUGCUGCAACACUUCAACCAGGCGGAACACGCUGCCGAGGUCGAACCGAUAUGCGCGCGAACCUAACGCUAACGCCAAUAAGCUGCCCCCUGGGUAGAUGUCCCAAAACUCAAACCUUUUUUUUUACUUUCUUCUCUUGAACAAUCUUUUCUUUAUGGUUUAUCGAAAGAACUGCGCUUGUUUGCAUAUGGAAGAAAACAGAGAAAAAAAAUGUCAACACUGUCGUUUAUCAAUCACACCAAAACUCAAAAGGCGCUAUCGGUCAACCAGUUGAUCGGGGUGUGGUUUUAGCAGAGGGAAGUGUUGCCAAAAGGGUGGGCGUUGUUGGUUGAUGCAGUUUGAAAUGUGAAAAUCUUCUCCAAAAUGGAAAUUUAAAAGUGAGUUUGCUUGGGUGCUGAAGAUUAUUCGGAGCAAUUCCAUGUCAAUAUUUUCAAUUGAAAAAAAAUCUGUAGCAUUCUCUCUCAAUUCUGCUUUGGAUUCUCGAUGCAUCAAAUGGCUAGAAUUUUUAAUUGCAAAAUUACAAAAAAAUCCACAACUAGUCAAUCUUGAAAAGCUGCUUACAAAUUUGAACAUCAAAAAGUGUCCUUUAUUUUUAAAAUUGUGGUAUGGCAAAUGGAGAAAAAUCCGGGAAGUAUAUUAUGUUUUAAAAGAAUGUCUCACGUCAUGGCUGAAGGAGAUUAUUAUUCCAAAUCAAUGUACCUAAUUUUUUUCUUCGUCGGAAGUGUGCUUAGAGUGUCCUUUUCAAAUAUCCGUGAUCUAGAAAAUAUUUUACCUGGGGAUUUUAAAUUUAUUCCAAUUUUAAUUUUUUUUAUAAUAUUUCAAAGGAGGCACACGAUAUUUCUUGAAUAUUAACCAUAAACGAUGUUUUUGUGAAUGAUCGUGCGCUUCCAUCAAAAUAUAUGAAAAAAAAAACUUUAAAUUAGAAAUAAUUUAAAACCCCUAGGUGAAAUAUUAUCAAGGUCACGGAUGUUUUAAAGGGACCCUUUAGCGUCCUAACGACGAAGAAAAUGUUAGCUACAUUGAUUUGCAAUAAUAAUCUCCUUCAGCCAUAGCGUGUGUCUUAUACAUAAAAUUUAGUAAUCAAUUUAUGGUACUUUCUAUGGGUUUAUAUGAUUAAUUUACAUAAAAACUCAAAAUAUAAGCAAAAAUCGAUAUUUUGACUUUGCCUCAAUUCUGAGAACAAAUUAUGAUUCAGCGGGUAAAAUUACACGAAAAAACAUAUAAUUGGACAAUUUUCAAAUUUCUUAAUGGUGGUUACUAAGGAUUUUUUCAGCGUUUGUAGUGCAAAAUCUCCCCUUUCGAAUGCAAACUGGUGCAUAUAAUAUCGCUUGCGCUUUGCCAAGAUAUUUGGGUUAAAAUUGCAUCUUUUUUUUUCUUUGAAAUGAUCGUUGCUUUUGACUCUAAAAAGUGCUUCACUUUUCUAUAAAACUUAAUAUUCUAAAAAAAACAAAAAAAAUCAAACGAUCUCAACAUGCUGAGUAUGAUUGAUGAUUAUUGCAGAAAAAUACAUUUUAGAUUAUUUUCUGUUGAAUGAAGUUUUCAUGUUUCCAUUCAAGUUUCAAAAUUUAAAAAAGUGUGUUGCCUUUACAUUUUUCAGCCCGUUUCUGAAAAGGGUUGGGGGCUGGAAACUUUUACUAAAAAGAUAUUAUUUUUUUUAAUAUGUUGCAAGCAAAAUAUUAAAAAACUCAGCAAUUUUUACCAAGUAUCGUUUUUUUUCUAAUUUGCAGAAGAAUUUUUAACGUAAUAAAGUCUAACGUCCACAAAAUACUGAAAUUUUAAAAAUUUACCUUAUUUUUUCAAAUAUUAUUUUUUUAACAUGCAAUAUAAGAUGCAAAAUUUUGUAUAAAGUCAUACCGCAUUAGCGUUUUUGAUAUAACAUAUUUUUUUACCGAAUACCGAAUUUUAGCAGAAAAUCAUUUUUUUUAAUUAUUUGCAAUAAGAAGUCAUUUUGCAUGAAUUCUCUCUACAUAAGAGUUUCUACACAGAAAAAAUCAAUUCCUGUAAUCGUGAAUUAUGUUCACGAACGUGAGAACCACUAAGGAAUUUAUUCAUGAGUAUGGUGCAUUUGCACUAUAAACGUGAAUAUAUUCCUUCGUGGUUCUCACAUUCAUGAACUUAAUUCUCGAUUUUGAGCAUUGAUUUUUUUUUCCGUGUAGUGUAAAUACUCCAAUUUUAAGAAAAUAUCACAGUUUUAAAUAAAUACUGCAAUUUUCAAAGUAAAAAUAUGAGUUUUGAACGUGGAAAUGAAUUUUUAAGCUAGGUAUUUAAAAAUCAUGGAAUUUUGUGAACAUUUAAGUAUUUUGCAUUGAAAACUUUAAUGCAUUAAGAAGACAGAUUGAAAUUAGUUUUUAGAAAAUACAAUAAUUUGGGAUUUUUUAAAUUUAAAAUAAACAGAAACUUGGAUACAAACAAGCAACCUAUCUCACUCUUACUCAAUGUAAACUGUUACUAGAGCAAGUGGGAUAGACUGAUUGAGUAAAUUUAAGGUUUCGCUCUUUUAAAAAGUUACUACGGAUUAAGUGAGGAGUGCAUAUCAAAUUUUGUUUCAUUUAAACUCCCGAUAGCAAAUUAUAAAAUAAUAGACACGUAAAAAUAUGCAUUUUUGAAUGCAGUAUUUUCAACGUAAAGUUCCGAUGUAAUGUAAAUAUUGCAAAUUAUGGAAAUUUUAGUAGAUUUUUUCAAAUACGGUAAAUUAUUCACCCUAUUUGAGUAUUUUGCACUAUCGAGUCUUAUAAAAAAUCUAUAUAUAUUCGCUUGAUGGAUACCCAUUUUGCAAGUUUUAAAAGUUUGAGCAAACGAUAUUUUGUGAAAAUUGUGAAGUGCAUGUAUUUUUAAUCUUUCAACAUUAUCAAAACAAAUGUUUAAGCUAUAGCAUUCUGGAACGAUUUGGUUUAAAAAAGAUCAUUUUAAAGUUCAGCAGACAAAAUUUAAACAUUUUUUUUUUGCUUUUUGGUGUUUACAAAAUCGCCUUGAGUCAAGGGAAUUCAUAAAAACCCAAAAAGCAAAGAAAAAAAAUUAUCGGACCUUCUUAAAAAAAAAAACUCCAGAUUUUAGGAAGUUUUUUUCACAUGAGUAAUUGGCUGAAAAACUCUACGAUAAAAAUUAAAAUAAAUUGGCAAAUCUUUCCAAAACAGCAAAAAUUCAAAUUGCCUCUAUUGGCAUGAAAUUGUUCCCAAUAUUUGCGUACCCUAAAUUUCAGAACAAUACAAAAAUCUCCCCCAAAACAAGCAAAUAUCGAAGCACCAAACAGGAUUCUCAACGGAUCGUGGCAGGAGACAGCAACACCACCCGAUAAUCGGUGGUGAAAUUUAGGGCGGUAAAACUAUUCGGACAGACCAAAAUCGAAGCUCCUCUCGGAAGAAUAACCUAAACUAAAACUAAAACUCUAAACUCUAAACUAGAAUACAAAUUAUCAACAGUUGUUGCAAAUAUAAACGUUGACCGGCAGUGACAGAGCAGCUAGUAGCAGCAGAGGCUGAGAAUUAAACAAGUCAAGUUUCGAGGCGAAAAAACAAACAAACACACACACGCAGAUUGUAUGUAAAUGUAUAGGAAUGACUGACUUUUAACAAUACAUAUAUAUGAGUUAAUGAACAAAAAAUGUAAACUUAACGUAACUGUAAUUUAUUUGUUUAGAACACAGUGCAGCGAACAAAGCGAGUCCCAAAGCUAGAGUUGGGCUCGGUUGGAUCUAAUAAUCAGAUAUAUUAUAUAUUAAAAAAGUGCAUAAUCAACAGUGAGAGAGCGAGAGCAAGUGAUCCAUUUAGUGCGUGUAGUGGAAGAAGAACCCAAUAAGCAUUACGAUGCAUGUUUCGUUGAACUGUAACUGUUAAGGUAAAAUCUCUUUAAAGUGUAAAUUCGUUCCAAUACUUUGCGUGAAAACCAAAUAAGCAAAACAGACUUUCCAAAUCGUUAAAUUAUAAUCACACAGUUUUUCGCGGGCUUCAAAAUAAGCAACAACAAAAAGCUCCUUUUUCCAGACACACAACACUUUCAUUCGGGUGAAACCGCUUAACUACUCUUAUAGAAUGCAAAGGAAAAAUAUAUAUUAUAUGGAUUAUACUUAUACAUAUGGGAAACAUUAUUUUAUGUACAUUCUUGACAUACAGCAAACACAAAAAAAAAAGAAACAGAAAAUAAAAGUUUUAAUUCAUUACUACAAUGUAUGACAGCAAAAAA